AUUAUAAAAUUUCACACGAGAAGUUGAGGCUUUUGGGGAAGACUCUCUGCUCUCCAGUAUCAAUUAUUACCUACAUUUAAAACAGGGAGAAUUCUUCUACAAGGAAGGUUUUCUUUAUCUCCAACGUAAUUGCCCACAUAAACUUAACCUAAUUAACAGAUUAGGGCAUGUGAUACGGUAAUCUAACCUUCAUACAAGUGUUAUUGUGUGCUUGAAGCAGAAGAGACAGGUAAUAAAUGCAGGAUUAUGCACCAAGUAAGUGUAUCUCCAAGAACCAAUGAAGAAAUCUAUACAUGGUAACUCCAAGAAAUGCCCUGAAAAGAAGGUUAAGUUACGCAAUUCGAAGCAACAAGCAAGAAGAAUACAGAACAGAGAAGAACCAGGCUGGAAGGCCAACCAUCUAAUGAUAGAAAGGAAUGUAUAGUACGGCAAUUCUCAUCUGUCUGGAUAACUGUAUCUUUCAACAAGGGAAAGAGGAUAAUCAGAAUAACACGGAGGGAUAAUGGAAACUUUUGUGGUAAGUCAGUGCUCAGCAUUGAACAAUUUAUAGGGAUACCUCAAAGACAUACUUGAUCCAGGAAUCAAAAGCAUCUGCACAAAUGUGACAAUGGGGAGAUAUGCCUCAAAUAAGAUUCACAUUACUUG